ACAAGAGCUAUAGAGUGGUUAGUAAAGCAAAAAGAAAAAAGAAAAUCAUGUUGAAGCCUACAAUCAACCAAUCUUGCUCUCUUAACAAUCUACUACCACUCCACAAGCCCUUUGUUCAUGGUGACGCCAUCAACAAUUCGUCCUCCUCAGCCUACUCCCCCACCAUCCUCCGCCAAAACACGUCCACCAAGAAAUGCAAUGCCACACCUGCCCGAUCCACCUCAGCUGUCGGUAACAUUAAAGCCGCGGUGCUUCCAUUUCUUACUAAGGCCACCACCGUCAAGGGUGUCAUCACCAUCAAACCAACCAUUAGAUCCGCCCUAUCUGGUGUGAUUAUUGGUGAUGUUGCUGAUGGUGUCUCUGAUCUCCUAGGACGAUCUUUCUUGUUGGAGCUCGUUUCUGAGGACCUAGAUUCAAAAGGAAAGCGGAAGACAGUGAAGGCGUAUGCGAGAUACAAAGCAUUGGAUUUUGACAUUAAUGUGUACACAUAUGAAUGCACCUUUAACAUCCCUAAUGAUUUUGGGGAAAUAGGAGCUGUCAUGGUAGAAAAUGAGUAUAGCAAGAAGAUGUUCUUCAAGGAGAUUGUUCUUGAUAACGGUGUUACUUUCACAUGUGAAUCUUGGGUUCAAUCUAAGAAUGACGUUCAGGCGAAAAGAAUCUUUUUCACCAAUAAGUCUUAUCUUCCAUCGGAAACACCGGAAGCACUGAAAUCGUUACGAGCGGAAGAUCUGGAAUCGCUUCGAGGUAACGGCGAAGGACAGCGUAAAUCACAGGAUCGGAUUUACGAUUAUGAUGUUUACAACGAUCUCGGAGCUCCAGGUCUGAGCAUAAGUUUAGCACGGCCGGUGCUCGGCGGCGAGCAACAUCCGUACCCUAGGCGGUGCCGUACUGGUCGCCCGAUGUCCACCAAAGAUCCGUUGUCGGAGACCAGAACUAUCCUCCCAUUCUAUAUACCAUGCGACGAAGAUUUUUCAGAGAUAAAGACUGUACAGUUUGGAGCAAGGACUUUGUACUCUGUGUUGCACGCAGUUAUACCGAUUCUAAAAUCGGCUCUUUCAGGCAGAGACAAGUUUCCAUUAUUCACACACAUAGACUUGCUUUUCAACGAAGGUGUUAAUGUUCCUCCUGUUGAGGGUGGCAUUGCAAGUGCUUUGCCUAGACUUGUAAAAGGUGUGGAGACUGCAAAAGCCGUGAUCAAGUUUGAGACCCCUGAAACCCUUGAUAGGGACAAGUUCUCUUGGUUCCGGGAUGAGGAGUUUUGCAGACAAAUGCUUGCUGGUCUCAACCCGUGUAGCAUACAGUUGGUUACGGAGUGGCCAUUGAUGAGUAAAUUGGACCCUGAAAUUUACGGACCACCUGAAUCAGCAAUCACCAAGGAGAUUGUACAACAAGAGAUCGGAGGUUGCAUGACCUUUGAUGAGGCCUUAGCGCAAAAGAAACUCUUCAUGCUGGAUUACCAUGAUCUGUUGUUACCUUAUGUGAAUAAAGUACGACAGCUUGAAGGGACAACCCUUUAUGGUUCAAGAACGUUAUUGUUCCUUACGUCUUCUGGAACGUUACGCCCCGUAGCCAUUGAGUUGACUCGCCCACCGUCUGACGGGAAACCACAGUGGAAGCAAGUGUACACACCCACUUGGGAUGCUACCGGUGCGUGGCUCUGGAAGCUAGCCAAGGCUCAUGUCCUCUCCCAUGAUUCGGCUUAUCACCAACUUGUUAGCCACUGGUUAAGAAGUCACUGUGUUACAGAGCCUUACAUAAUUGCCACGAAUCGCCAUCUUAGCCAAAUGCAUCCUAUAAACCGACUACUUGUUCCGCAUUUCCGCUACACUAUGCAAAUCAAUGCUCUAGCUCGAUUAGCUCUCAUUAACGCUGGCGGUAUCAUAGAGUCAACGUUUGCUCCUGGAAAAUACUGUAUGCAACUUUGUUCUGAUGCGUAUGAUCAGCUAUGGCGAUUUGAUCAUGAGGCACUUCCAGCAGACCUUAUUAGCAGGGGUUUGGCGGUUGAAGAUCCAACCGCGCCACACGGUGUGAAACUAGCGAUCGAGGAUUACCCAUUUGCGAAUGACGGUCUACUUAUUUUCGAUGCUAUCAAACAAUGGGCUGCUUCUUAUGUCAACUACUACUACCCGCAAGCGAAUCUUGUGGAAUCUGACGAAGAGCUUCAAGCAUGGUGGAAUGACAUCCGUACAGUUGGUCACGGAGACAAGAAAGACGAACCGUGGUGGCCGGAGCUCAAAACCCAAGACGAUUUAAUCAGAAUCGUUUCAACCAUCAUGUGGGUGUGUUCUGGUCACCAUUCAGCGGUCAACUUUGGUCAAUACGACUUUGCUGGUUACUUCCCCAACAGGCCAACAAUUGCAAGAACUAAAAUGCCCGAUGAAGACCCCACAGCCGAAGACUGGCAGACGUUUUUAAAACGGCCCGAGGAUGUCUUGUUGAGUUGUUUCCCAUCUCAAAUCCAAGCUACACAAGUGAUGUCGGUUUUGGAUGUUUUAUCAAGUCAUUCACCGGAUGAGGAGUAUAUCGGUGCAAACAUUGAGCCCGCGUGGGAAGCGGAGCCUGCUAUAAAGGCAGCGUUUGAGGAGUUUCAAGGAAGGUUAAACCAGCUGGAAGGGAUUAUAGACUCGAGAAACAGUGAUCCCCUUUUAAAGAACCGAAGUGGUGCAGGGUUGGUUCCGUACCAACUUCUGAAGCCGUAUUCUGAAAAUGGUGUGACCGGGAAAGGUGUUCCAAACAGCAUAUCCAUCUAGUUGGUUUGGUUCGUUCUGGUUCGUGAUGCUCGAGUAAUGGCUUUGUGUGGUUUUUAGGCAAUAAUCUAUGGAAUAAGUUCAUUAAGUGUGUUAUCGGUCAGUCUACAGAACCGAGCCUAGUUUAGUUGUGUGUUAUUUUGAUAUGGAAUAAGUUCAUCUUGUGUGUUCUUGUAUUUUCGGUCAGUCUACAGAACUGAGCCUAGUUUAGUUGUGUUUUAUUUUAAUAUGGAAUAAUAUUAUAUUGUGUCUUCUUGUGUUAUCAGAAAUGAGCCUAAAAUGUAA